AUGUCACCGCAUGUUAAAAAGCUGCCAGGAGAGGGUAGGACGGACUUCAAUAAACGCCGAGGAUAUGUUCAUCAACAACGUACCAAGUCGAAGAAGAACGUCACAAUACGGGCUGAGCGCGACGCCAACCUGGCUCAAAACCGACAGGCGCAGGUCGACCUUGAGAGAGCAGAACAGCAAGCGAAGAACGAGGUCUUCGAGAGCAUCGUGAAGACUCUCAAGGAGGCGAAGAUUCCCUGGGGCGACUUUGUCGAGUGGAUAUCAAAUCCGACCUCGGGCCACCGUGAGGAGCGAUGGAGUGAAUUCUUCAGGAACGGAAUUGCACUUGCUGACCUGUUGGGCGAGCGCAGUCAGAACAACAGCCUUCUCAAGCACAUAAUGGGCCUAUAUCUGUUCGCGUCCGGAGCCUCACGCCAAACGAUCACUGUUCUUGCGUCGCUCGGCAUAUGCAGUAGCUAUGCUGCAAUAGCCGGGAGCAGCAAGACAUCAUCAGUUGCUCCUCUCAAACCCUCGGCUAAGGGCAAGAACAACACCCCAGUGGAGAACGACAACGAGGAUGACCCCGACCUCGCCAAUGAUGACGAAGUUGAGGAUCCUGUGGUUGAGAUUGCGGGGGUCCCACCGGAGGUCGAUCGCGCAGAUGAGCAGGACAAAGGCACUCACCAAGCCCACGCGAUCAAGCGCCCACUGCCCCGUCCUCGCCUCGCCCAGGCUGCCGGCUGGCGCGGUCUCCUUCGCCGACUCUCCAACACUGCUCGUCAUGCUGCCCGCUUUCUGGCUCACUCUACCCCUUUCGGUGCUGUGUAUGACAACAUCAACAUGGUAUUCAAGGUUUCCGAGCAAAUCGUCGGUCGCAAGGAUGCUCAAGAGAACGGGACCUGCACCACAAUAUUCCCUCUCUUCGAUGCCUCACCAAUCGACAUGAAGAGCUCCAACCUCCGUAAUUCUUUCGACACUGCCCCGCCCUUGAGCUUCAACCAGGUUAUGCUCUCUCCGACUGAGCUCACCUCUCUCCGCAACUCCCUCACCCACACCGUCUUGCGAGAGCUCGUCAACAACUGCGAGUACUUCUCCAAAUUCCGCUCGAAAGUUCUCAGCAGUGUACCGGAGGCUGAUGACCAGAUACCGCUCCAUAAGACCAAACCCUACACCCUCCCAGCUAUGAACAUUGAUGAGAGCAGCAUCGUCGGCAAUGCCGAAGUCCUCGACACCAUCAUGGAAGAGCUCGGGAUCGAUGUCGACUCCGACAAGUUCCCAGAACUUGUUCAACUCUUCUUUGGCGAUCAACUCUCGGUCGCCCGUGCACGCACCAUCAUGGCCAAUCGCGGCGGGCAUGAGAGGCUUGCCAAGUCGUACGGGUACGCCGUCUUUUGUCCCGGGCUCUUCCAUUACCAGAUGGCGCUGGUCAACGGCAUAAUGGAGACCCAUUUCGGCGAGACGGAGGGACCUGGCUCUCGCAACCCCAUAUCGCUCUCAUUCUUCAACACCCUUCUCAAUCGCAAGCCCAUCGUCCCCACAUCCCUCCCUCCCUAUCGCACAUGCCGCGAUCUCAUUUUCGUCUCGCUCACUGCGUGUGUACUCACGUGCUUCAAACUCGUCUCAGGACACGACUCGCUCAAAGAAUACGCCUCACAAGUCACGUACGACCAGCUCCUUGAAGACGCGCACACCAUCGUCAGCAAGUUCUGCAACCAGAACACAGUCGACGAAAUGCGAGAUGACCGCAAGGCCGAGGUUGCAGCUCGACUGGCGGCACGCAAGGAGGCCGUUCGCAACGGCGAGAAGUCUGGAGAAGAGGAGUACGAUGUCUAUGCAGACGCACUGAAGCACGGUGACCUGCUAUAUGAGAAUGCGUGUCUCUUCCUCCGCGACGCGCUGAUAGCCCGUGAAUUCACAGACGCGAUCAAGGGUGGAUACUCCGGGCGCAUCGUCCGUGUCCUGAAGCACCUCGCGCUUGCGUUCCGUGGGUGUGGCCGGACGAAGUACGCUUAUGAGCUGCUCCACCUCAUACACUCAGUAGAGGUUGUAUGGCCGAAGCCGUUGCACGACAUCAUACUCAAAAACUGGCUUGUCAAUCCGACAGGCAAGAAUAAUGCAUGGGUCCCGGUCGAUCUUAUGCAGGAACACAUGAACUUUUGGACAAAAAUUGUAUACAAGGCGCAAGGGAGCAACGCGUCAUGGGAAUGGCUGUCAAUGAUCACACCGUGCAUCACCCUCUUCCGUCAGCUCAUCUUGCAAAUGAACUCGCAGCAAGGCACACGGCUCGGAACCAAGCACCACACCCCAUCCAUUGAGCGCGAUCUUGCCUGCUUGCAAGAUUCAAUGCACGCACACGAGAUUUUCGUCCACACCCCCGGGAGAUACCUUCGUGGCCUCAAGAAGCCGCUCGUUCCCGAUGUAGUCACGACAGGCGCGCUCGCGCUCAGCAAACCCAUCGCUGAGUACAACGCGGCCUUCACGCGGCUUCAGGAACAGUUCCGCCAUGGUGCAGUCGAGGACAUGGGUCCAAAUGAUGACAUAGUCUCGAAUACUGCCUCUGAUGACGAUGCGUACUUCAAUGAUAGCGAUGGGGAGUUCGAGACUGCUGCCAUCGCCGUUGCUGCAGCAUUCGAUGACUCUGCAAGCCUGGCAGGCUCAGAGGCGUCAUCCGCCGAGCUCGAAGAGCAAGAGCCUCUUCAUGAUGUCAUCGGGGAUCAACUUGAGACCAGGUUCGACGACGAGGAAGAGCCUUCCUUGGACCUUGAGGACUACUAUUAG